CACAGCGACCGCGAGACCCUGAGAACGCGCAAGCUUUGGUAUCUCCGCCUCCGCUUUCCGUCCCCUCCCUCACUCUAUAUAUUGUAAAAAUAUAUUAUUAUUUUUACUAUUAAUGGAUUCAGUUUUUAUAUCAAAUUAAUAAAGGCAAACAAGAAACCUCUAAAUUUCUCCGCCUUCCAUUGCCUUUCCCUUUUGAACCUUCCUUUUGCAUUGCGCACGCUCUUGCAAAUCCCUUCUAAUACGCUGCCGUUUUUAUCUGCUUCAUCACAACUAAACACUUCUCUAGCUGUUUUUUUUUAAAAUCGGUUUGCGCGUACUUGCAUGAACGGUUUCUGAGAAAUGUCGGCAAUUUCUAAUUUCAUGGCGUGCGGUGGUCGCCGUGAACCCGCCGUUAAUUGCAUUGACAUGAAGAACUUAGAUUUCGGUUUAAAUUGGAGAGCCACCUCCUCUAGAACCAGGAUUUCAAUGCCGUUUCAGAAAAACGAAUUCCAGUUAGGUACCGAGGGUAAAUCAAGUAGAGGGAAUAAAGAAAAGAGGAGCAUACGGAUGGCAUUGGUAGAUGAGAGGCUCGUUUACGGCAGAGAUACGGCCGACCGACCUGCUGUCUUGGCAUAUGAUCUUGUUCAAGGACCACUUGUAAAAUGGGGUUCUGUGAUGGGUAAAUCAAAGCCGGAUCCACCAACAGCCGUGCUUCUGCAUGGAAUUUUAGGCAGCAGGAAGAACUGGGGAACCUUUACACGGAGAUUGGCACAAGAAUUUCCAGCAUGGCAGUUUCUUUUGGUUGACCUGCGGUGCCACGGUGAUUCAGCAUCAAUCAGAAAGAGGGGGCCCCACACUGUUGCCUCAACUGCUUUUGAUGUCUUAAAGCUAGUUGCACAGCUUAGAAUAACACCUCGUGUUUUAAUUGGGCACAGCUUUGGUGGAAAAGUUGCCUUGAGUAUGGUGGAACAAGCUGCAAAGCCUCUUGCCCAAUCUGUAAGAGUUUGGUCUCUAGAUGCUACUCCUGGAAAAGUUAGGGCUGGUGGAGAUGGAGAAGACCAUCCUGCAGAACUAAUAUCUUUUAUAAGGAAACUACCAAAGGAGGUCUUCUCAAAGCGAGAUAUUGUCAAUGCUCUUAUACAAGAAGGGUUUUCUAAGGAUGUUGCACAGUGGGUGGUGACUAAUCUUAAAACAGAUGGCCCUCCUGGUUCGCCAUCAUCAAGUUUCUCUUGGAUGUUUGACCUCGAUGGAAUUUCUGAAAUGUACCAAUCGUACGAAGAAACAAAUUUGUGGAAAUUUGUUGAAAAUUUGCCUCAAGGUGUGCAUGUAAAUUUUUUGAAAGCAGAGAGGAGCUUGCACCGGUGGGCCCUUGAAGAUCUCCAGAGAAUUCAUGCUGCUGAAGAUCUGGCUGCUGAGGAGGGAGCUGGAGUUGAAAUGCAUGUCCUUGAAGAUGCUGGCCACUGGGUACAAGCCGAUAACCCGGACGGGCUCUUCAGGAUUCUUUCAUCAUCAUUCCAGGGCUUCAAAGCCUGAAUGAAAGUCAAACAAGGGUUUGCAUGUGUAGAUAUAAUGGCCAGAAAUUACAUGAAAGAAUUUCUAGUCAUUCACAUACUGAGUCAGAGAGUUCUUAAGAGUAUUCCAAAUAUUUGUGCCAUAGUAGCAGUGUCCUGAGACCUCACAAAUUUUGUACGCAAAUAUUGUAUGUAAUGAUUGGCUUCCUUGCAUUA